GCGGGCCGGGAACCGCGGGUCCCGGAGUCCUGGCACGCCUGUUCUGCGUUCUCAGAGCCCUCGCCUAGCCCAUCCUCACCAUGGUGGACGCUUUCGUGGGCACCUGGAAGCUGGUGGACAGCAAGAAUUUCGAUGACUACAUGAAGUCGAUUGGUGUGGGUUUUGCUACCAGGCAGGUGGCCAACAUGACCAAGCCUACCACGAUCAUCGAAAAAAAUGGGGACAAGAUCACUGUAAAAACACAGAGCACCUUCAAGAACACGGAAAUCAGCUUCGAGCUAGGGGUCGAGUUCGAUGAAACAACAGCUGAUGACAGGAAGGUCAAGUCCAUUGUGACGCUGGAUGGAGGCAAACUUGUCCACCUGCAGAAGUGGGACGGGCAGGAGACAACGCUUGUGCGGGAGAUAGUUGAUGGGAAACUCAUCCUGACGCUCACCCAUGGCAAUGUGGUUUGCACUCGUACUUACGAGAAAGAGGCAUGACCUGCCGCUCCUUCACCGACUGCUCCUCUGGCACUCGACUAGCCCUGGACUCAGCACCGUAUUGCCUCAUUUUUCCCUCUGGCAUUUUGUAUACAUCUGCCUUGGCUGGGGAAAUGCUGGUGGGAUCAGGUGCCAGCAGCCUAGGUCCAUUUCUGGCUCCCACUGUGUAUGUUUGUUUUUUCAACUGCAUCCAAAGGGUGCUCUAAGGUCAAUAAAGCAGAGCCAAGAUCACCA